GCCUUCUCACUCUCUGCAGUUGGCUGAAGAGAGGUGAUGUUGAGGUGGGGGUCGUCGUCUUCUCCCGUGUAAGCAGUGAUAGACUGGAGGGAAGGCCUCAAGUGGCACGAGGGGAGAUUCAGGUCGGAUGUGAAGAAAAACGUCUCCACAGGAGCGGUCAGAUGCUGGAACGGGCUGCCCAGGGAGGUGACAUUGUUACUGUCCCUGCAGGUGUUCAAGGAGCAUUGGGUGUUGUACCGAGCGACGUGGCUCAGCGGGAAAUGGUGGUGGUAGGUGGGUGGUUGGACUGGAUGAUCUUGGAGAUCUUUUCCAGCCUUGCUAAUUCUACGGUUCUAUGAAAGGCAUGUGCUGGGCGAGUGCUUUGCUGGGUGAGCAGGCAGCUGUUGCCACAUCCACGGGGAUGGGAGGCUUUUUAACCUGAGCCUUGUCUUUGGUGUCUGGUACCCAGUAAGUCGUGUUGUUUUAAAGCAGCGUCUCGAUUUCUGCAGCCACCAGAGCUCUCCUCCAUGCUUCUCCCUGUGACGUGAGACCGCGUCGAAGGCCUUGCAGACGUCUGGCUCCCGUUUAGGUAUCGAAAGGCUGUUACCAGGUCACCUCGGAGCCUUCGCUCCUCCGCGCUGAACAGCCCCAGCUCUCUCAGCCUGUCCUUGGAGGAGAGGGGUUUGAUCCUUUGGUUCUUUGAUUUUUGGGGCCGUCCUCUGGAUGUGCUCCAACGGGUCCGUGUCCCUUCUGCCCUGAGGACUCUUCGUAUGGACACAGCGCUCCAGCUCGGUGUCGUCAGCAAAUUCUCUGAGGGUGCGCCCGACCCGCCGGUGCUGUCACUGAUGCAGAUAUUGAAGAGUCCCAGCCCCAGCUCGGUGCUCUUUCCCAGCACAGAGGGACUUCACCUGAUUGCCAUGACUUCUCAAAUACCGCUGGGAGCGGCUUGGCGACGACAUCACCAAACUCCCUUACGACUCCGCCGUGCGUCUGAUCGGGUCCCAGAGACUCCUGGAUUUCCGGUUCUACAGGCGGGCUGCAGCCUGGUCUUUGCUCACGGUGUGGGAUGGGGAGGGGGGCGGCCGGGGCGGCGUUGCUUCCUCAAUUCCCACCUACCAAAUGUCAUACUCGAGGGCUGUGUGAUGAGCGGUUGGAGAAGACGGAGGCGCAAAAGUCGAGUCCCUCCGCCUUCUCCUUGUCUGCUCCCAGCCACAGAGGUGCUGGUAGGCAGCACCGUGCGCAGAGCACAGCUGCCUUGCGCAGAGAACGCAGCACAGCAGUGCGCUUCUGUGCUGGAGGCGCUGCCUUGCACGUGCGGGACAGCGCCUUCGUCACUGUAUUGCGUUCAGCAGGCGGUGGCAGGGAACCGCAGCGCUCUGGCGGUGUAACAGCUGCAGCCAGAAAGCUGCGUCUCUUGAUGAGAGCAGCGAGAAAGAGAAAGCUUCAUCUCCUGGAACGCCCUGACUUUGCUGACUGGCUGCUGGUUGCCCAAACUGCUGAGGACAACGUACCCCCACCAACGUUUACCCGUUGCUUGCUGCAAUGUAGAGCUCCCAGAGGAG